AUGGCCUUGAGGCGAUUGCUCGGGUUGAAGGGUAUCCCCGGCCUCCAUCGGCUGGCCUUUUGUUUUCAUGGGGCCACGCCAUCACCUCGUCCCACGCAUCGUCGAGCACCGCUGAAUAAGAUUGGCAAGGGAGGAUUUGGAUCCAUGUACCUCGGGACGCUCCCUGAUGGAUGCCGCAUUGCUGUGAAGAAGCUGGAGGGUGUAUGCCAAGGGGAGAAAGAGUUUCACUUUGAGGUGACGAUAAUCGGCGGCAUCCACCAUAGACAUCUGGUAAAACUCCGAGGUUUUUGUACCGAGGGGGUGCACAGGCUUGUUGCGUACGAGUAUAUGUCCAAGGGAUCUCUACAUAGGUGGAUUUUUGGUACUAAAGAAGAUGAUGCUACCCUUUUGGACUGGGAUACAAGGUUCUACAUCGUGCUUGGGACAGCGAAGGGCCUGGCGUACCUUCAUCAGGAUUGUGAGUCAAAGAUCAUACACUGCGACAUCAAGCCUGAGAAUGUUUUGCUUGAUGACAACUUCACUGCAAAGGUAUCCGACUUUGGUCUUGCCAAACUGAUGAGCAGAGAGCAAAGACACACCUUCACGAUGAUGAGAGGCACCCAAGGCUAUCUUGCGCCGGAGUGGAUCACCAACCGCGCCGUCUCAGAGAAGUGUGACGUCUAUAGCUAUGGGAUGGUCCUGCUCGAAAUAAUUAGCGGGAGGAGGAACUUUGAUCCCAUGGAGGUCUCAGAGAAAGCCCAUUUCCCACCCUUUGUGUUCAAGAAGAUGGAAGAAGGUGAUCUUCGCAGUAUCUUCGAUUCCAAGCUCAAUUAUGAUGGAGAUGAUGAUCAGAGGGGGAGAACAACCAAGGUUUCUCUAUGGUGCAUCCAGGAAGAUUUCUGCCAGAGACCUUCCAUGUCAAAAGUCGUCCAGAUGCUUGAAGGCGUAUGUGAUGUACCCCAGCCACCGACAUCCUCGCGAACUGUAUCCACACUCCAUACGGCAGCUUACGAAUCGAGUAGUGUGUUACCUUCGGCCAUGCAGCUCUCUCAAGCCAGAUGA